AUGACGGAGCAGUCAGAGUACGUGACUCUCGUGUCCUACGAUGGAUUCGAAUAUAUCCUCCCGCGCAGCGCGGCUGGAAUCGUUCUCGAGAAAGUCUGCGAAUACUUCCUGUACAACGAGAAACAUAAAGACCAAACCAACGUUCCGGACAUGGAGAUCCCACCGGAACUGUGCCUGGAGUUGCUGAUGGCGGCGGAUUAUCUGGAUACGUGA